AUGUACAGGAGAGGGCGAAUACUUGUGGGUGGCGAGCUCGCAGCGGCGUGGGCAGCGAGGGCAGGGAGAACUCGUGGUGGCGCGGGGCGGCACGAGGCGUGGCUGCACGGGACGGGGCCGGACCAGCGCGAGGCGGGGCCGGACCAGCGCGAGGCGGGGCCGGACCAGCGCGAGGCGGGGCCGGCGCGGGCGGGGGUGCUUGGCCGGGGUGCAUUCAUGUCCAUAAUUAACAGCGUGAGGGCUCUCGCAAUGGCGAGGCGUCUGGGAUUCGUGCUGGCUUUGGCGGCGGUCGUCCUUCUAGCUGCCGCGGCCACAACCACGGCGCAAUCAGACAAGGGCAAGGGGCCACCCAAGGCGGAGGGGCCGAAGCCCAAUGGGGAGGGGCCGAAGCCCAAGCCCAAGCCCAAGCAGGUCAAGUGCAAUGUCAACCGCAAGGAGAACCCCUACUGCUUCAACAAGAAGAUGGACUGCCCCGACGACUGCCUUGAGACAUGCUUCGCCAGCUGCACCGAGUACGACUGCAAAGCUGUUUGCGCGUGUGACCAACCGGGAGCAGCAUGCGGCGACCCACGCUUCAUCGGCGGCGACGGCAACGCGUUCUACUUCCACGGCCGCAAGGAUGCCGACUUCUGCGUCGUCUCCGACCGCGACCUCCACAUCAACGCGCACUUCAUCGGCAAGUCCGGCCACAGCGGCAUGUCCAGGGACUUCACGUGGAUCCAGGCCAUCGCCGUGCUCUUCGACGGACACCACCUCUACGUCGGCGCCAGGAAGACCGGCACCUGGGACGACGCCGUCGAACACCUCGAGAUCAACCUCGACGGCGAGCCCAUUCACCUCCCGGCUGACCAGGUCGACGCUGCCAAAUGGACGUCCAGCCGCGUCCCGGCUCUAUCCGUGACCCGCACCAAGGCAGCCAACGGCGUGCUUGUCGCCCUCGAUGGGAAGUUCAGCGUCAGGGUCAACGCCGUACCCAUCACCGAGGAGGACUCAAGGAUGCACCGCUACGGCGUCACCUCCGACGACUGCCUCGCCCACCUCGAGCUCGCCUUCAAGUUCGACGCGCUCACAGACGAUGUCCACGGUGUUGUCGGCCAGACGUACCGCUCGGACUACGUGAACAAGCUCGACGUCAGGGCCUCCAUGCCCACUAUGGGAGGAGAUGCCAGCUUCACCGCUUCCAGCCUGUUCGCGGCGGACUGCGCCGUGGCGCGCUUCGGAACCAGCCGUAGUAACAAUGAACCUUCCGUCAUGUCGGAGCUUGCUGGGAUCACCUGCGCCAGUGGCAUGGACGGCCAAGGCGUGGUGUGCAAGAAGUAA